GGCCAUCUUUGAUACGCGGAGUGAUUGUUUGGCGAAUAGAAGUGAUAGGAAAUUAAAAAUAAAGCCCGAAAGUUGGGGGAAUUGGAAACGGGACGCAAGGUGAAGAUAAGAGGAAAGGUGAAACUCAGGAAAAGCAGUGAACGAAGGCAUGAAGAAAGCGUCUUAGUCAAGACAUGGCUGAUAAAAGGAAACUACAAAGUGAAAUUGAUCGAUGUCUGAAAAAAGUAGCGGAAGGAGUGGAGCAGUUUGAAGACAUUUGGCAGAAGCUUCAUAACGCAGCAAAUGCCAAUCAAAAAGAGAAAUAUGAGGCUGACCUCAAGAAAGAGAUAAAAAAGUUGCAGCGACUUCGAGACCAGAUUAAAACGUGGGUGGCUUCAAACGAGAUCAAAGACAAAAGGCAGCUAGUGGACAACCGAAAACUCAUAGAGACGCAAAUGGAGCGCUUUAAGAUCGUGGAGCGAGAAACAAAAACAAAAGCAUACUCAAAAGAAGGACUCGGCCUUGCUCAGAAAGUAGACCCCGCGCAAAAAGAGAAAGAGGAGGUCGGCAUGUGGCUCACGGCAACGAUAGACAUGUUAAACAUGCAGGUGGACCAGUUUGAGAGUGAAGUGGAAUCACUCUCGGUGCAAACGAGAAAAAAGAAAGGCGACAAAGAGAAACAGGACCGGAUAGAUGAGCUGAAGAGGUUUAUCGAGAGACACCGCUUUCACAUCCGAAUGCUGGAGACAAUUCUACGAAUGCUGGAUAACGACUCGGUACAGGUGGAUUCAAUCCGUAAGAUCAAAGAUGACGUCGAGUACUACAUCGAUUCCUCCCAGGAUCCAGACUUUGAGGAGAAUGAGUUUCUCUAUGAUGACCUGGACCUGGAAGAUAUAACACAGCCAUUGGUUGCCACAUCUCCUCCUGCUCACGGUGAAGACGAACUCUUCCAGAACUCCAGUUCAACUCCAACAUCAACCACCUCGUCUUCCCCCAUCCCUCCAUCUCCGGCUACUUGCACUACGAAUUCUGAAGAUGAUAAGAAGCGAGGACUUUCCACAGACAGUGAAUUCAGCCAGUCUCCUGUAAAGAACGGCAACCCGUCAUCUCUAUCCUCUUCGUCCUCAUCCUCGUCCUCUUCCUCAUCCUCAGGAGCCUCCUCUACCUCGGUGGUGUCUAUGGCGAUCGUGGCCAGCAGUGGUAGCCCAUCAACGGGGGGCAGCAGCCUCCAUAGCAACGUGGGCGGCCACAUUCAGAACUCGUGCAGCUAUAGCUCUGCCAUCCAGCAGCAAAUACAGCACCAGGCCAAAAACGCAGUGAACUCCCAGUCCAGCACCUCCCCAGCCGCAGCCCCCUCCAACAACAUUCUUAUAGCCAGCCCCACCUCAACGUCCUCUCCUCCCAGCAUCAGUGCACCCAGCAGCCAGGCCCAGUCUCCGCUUGCCCCUACUUCAGCUUCCACCCUCAGUCAUGCCAUCAGCCUGGGCUUAGCCAAGAGUGGCAUGCCAGCCACUAGUAGCUCUGGCCAGAUUUCUGGCCUCGGCCUUUCAGGGAUGUCGGCACCCAGGACCACCCCUGCACCGUACGCCCAGGCUGCUGCCUCUGGUACUGCCAAUGCCUCUGUGAAUGCCAGUGUCGCAAGCUCUAGCGGGAUGCCGAUGUUGGCUGGAUCCAACGGAAGCAGCUCCUUAACAGGGCUAUUAGGCUCUGCACCAGGCACUACAGCUAUAACUGCUGUGGUCUUGGGCCUGGGGUCCACACAGACUGCAGUACAGCCCAUGAUCUUGGUGGCACCCACCCCUGUUGGAGGGGUAAUUGGGCAGGUGAGCAGCGUAGGCGUCAUUGGGAGCAACAGUGGGACCUUAACAUCAGGAUGCUCAGCAGCUGUAGGGACUGCUAUUAUCCCGCUGCCACCUAGUGGACAGAAACUGAAUGGUGGCACAACGUAUAGUGCAGUAGUAGCAGAUAGCAUGUCGGAUUCACCUCUCAGCAGUUCCAGCCAAUCACAAAACAGCCAACCCUUAUCCCUAAGUUCUACAUCCAGUCUGCUUAAGGAAAGUGGGUCCAGCCUUCUGGGGUCUAUUAGUCUUCCUCCUAGUUCACCCUCGCCUUCAUACAGUGAGAGUAAACCGAGUGGGGGCAGCCUGCUGAACGGACCUCACUCUUACACACAAGCUGCCGACGUUAUUAAGCCUCAGGAACCACUGAGUUCUUUGAAGUCGAUGGCAGAGAGGGCAGCUCAGGGCUCAGGUCUAGAGGGAGAACUCUCUGCACUACAUCUCGGUGGAGACACGAGCAGCUUGCUUGCUUGCUUUGAAGACCAUGGUGCUAUCAUAAGAGGAACUGCGACUAAAGAUAAUAUUUUUCCCAGCUCCACAGCUCCCUCAGGUCCCCCUGCAAUUCCUCAGCCUUCUCUAUCAGAGGUGAACAUCCCUCCGUCACUGGGUGUGUGUCCUCUUGGUCCAGUCCCCCUCUCCAAAGACCAUCUCUACCAGCAAGCCAUGCAGGAGUCAGCCUGGACACACAUGCCCCACCCGUCCGACUCGGAGAGAAUCAGGCAGUACCUGAUGAGGAACCCCUGUCCCACAUUGCCUUUUCAUCACCAGAUGCCACCACCACACUCAGACUCGGUAGAGUUCUACCAGAGGUUAUCCACAGAGACCCUCUUCUUCAUCUUUUACUACCUUGAGGGUACGAAGGCUCAGUAUCUAGCAGCCAAAGCCUUAAAAAAGCAGUCCUGGAGAUUCCACACAAAGUAUAUGAUGUGGUUUCAGAGACACGAAGAGCCGAAGACCAUCACUGAUGAGUUUGAACAGGGAACAUACAUUUACUUCGACUAUGAGAAGUGGGGCCAGAGGAAGAAAGAAGGCUUCACGUUUGAGUACAGGUACCUCGAGGACCGGGACCUCCAGUGACAGACGGACAAUAAGAACUGCAGACUACUGUUGACAUUCCUGGACAAAAUCUGCACUCACACACACACGUGGGUGGGGGGACGACGACUCUGAUGCUAUUUCGAGGCUGUUUUAUGUCUCGUUGGUGCAUAUUGCCUUUGGAGCUUCUCCCACUACCUACAAAAUUCAUAUUCCCAAUACAUAUUCUAAUUUGUUACUUUACAGAUUUGGUUUGUUAUUUUCUUUUAGCCAAAGAGGUUGAAAUUCAGUCCUUUAGAACAAACAGGUCAGUCAGAUAAAAUCACUAAGAGCACAUAAGCAGUGGUGUAUGAUGCACAUACCCACAAUAUCAGCACAGUAAAUAAGCAGUUGUGGAAGAUCAGAUUGACUUUCCAUUUCAAAGCUAAAUGAACCAACUGACAUGUGUUUGAUUUGUCCAACUGCAGCCAUCAGCAAUGCCAAGUCAGUUUCCUUUCUCCCUGUACCAUAACAACAUGGUCAGCAUUUCUAAUUAAAAUUCAUUUAAAUCUGCGCUCCAGUUUUUAACAUUUAAUGACACUGCCAUGUGCAUGUAGAACGAAUAAGAAAGAACAAAUAAAAAGCACCAGCACUAAAAUUAGAACCUAGAGUUAUGUACAUAAUAGGUCAACUCGCUAUGGAUCGUACAUGUACACAUCAGAAUUGAGCAAGCAUCACACAAAGCCUUUAUUUUGACUGGCUUAGUAAAAACAUAUGUGUUCAGGAUGGGUAGAAUUGGUGCUCCGACUGCUUUUUAGACAUCACUACAGUCUCAUCAAGGGCAUAAUCGGCCCCACUACGUUCCCCACGUAUACCUAAGCAAUCUGUUUCAUUUUACAAACCUUUCCCAAUCUGAAAUUCUCCAAUGUUUGGAGUGCCAUCGCAGAUGCUUUAUUUUUGAACUCAUAAAAGAGAGUUAAAAUCCAUCAAUUAUGUUCGAUUUAAAUCCUUCGAUUGUGGUUUCUUGAGAAUCCGUGUGCCAUAUUUUGCCAUAGUUUUGUUAGAUUUGCCUCGUUUGGCGAGCGUACUGUACGGAUGAGAAUUAAAAUGUGAAUUUUUUUUUUCCCUAACUGGAAACCGUGAUGUACAGAAAGUUCUUCCACCUCAUGUCUUUGUUUCCCUUUUAUGAACUGAACAGCAUGGAGAAUGACGACUGCAAAGAGGACUUGAGUUCAACACCAGUACAUUAAACAAUACAGUAAAAUGAAGUAAAGGAUUGUAAAAUAUUAAUAAAGAAAUUACUUUUCAAAUA